AGAAUGAACAAAAUAGCAUAAGAUAGACGAAAACAUAGGUUCUUCACAGCUGUGAUGUUGCUUCUGAGACAAAGAUGCAUCUGCUGAUCUGAGAGAAGCGCAUGGUGUCAAGAAAAAGGGAGUUAAAGGAGCUGAGGUUUAGUCUGCCGCCGCCGGCGCCGCCUCCUCUCCGCUCGGCUGCAGGGCGACAGAGGACAGACUCUCACCAGACUCUCCUGCAAGGGGACACGGGCAGGGCAGCGGAGAGAGGCCGAAAAGCUGCCAGCGCUUCUGCUUCACCCCCAUCGCAGAAGUCAAGUCUGGUGUUUUCCCCGUCUAUGAGGAGCUUCGCCAUCGCUCAGUGACAGACAGACACGCUGCAGGUGCAGAGAGUCUCUGAUCGUCCUGCAGCUAUGGCCCGACCGAGCGCUGAGCUGUCCCUCUGCUAGGCGACGGGGCAUCCGACAGGGCAGGAGACAUGUUGGGACAGAGGCCCGAGGACCACCGCACUGAAGUCUGUUACUAUAGCAAAUACUGUAGUAACCAUGGAAAAGCUAUGGAGGACUGCUCUGGUCUGCACUGUCGUUGUCGUCCUGGUUGCCACCAAGAUCACAGGAGGUCACAGAGAUGAUUUUGCUAAAUCACAAGCUGCUUUCCUGUCCAGCCUAGGCCAGUAUGAGAUCGCCAUCCCAGUACGUGUAGGACCAAAUGGCGAGAUGCUGGACACAGACAGGACAAAAUACCACCAAAGAAGACGACGAAGCACUGAAGACAGGCUGCCUGACUCUCUCUUCUACCAGCUGUCCACAUCGCAGAACAACUUCCUGCUGAACCUGACGCUGCAGGGAGGCCUGCUGUCCCGCCAGUUUAGGGUGGAGUACUGGAAGAGGGGCCAGCUAGCCUGGAGUCACCCGUACUCUCCCCAUUGCCAUUACACGGGUCACCUCCAGGACCAGCCGCACUCUAGCAAAGUGGCCCUGAGCAACUGCAACGGCCUGCAGGGGGUGAUUGUUGCAGGGGGAGAGGAGUACCUCAUUGAACCGCUUGUCUCACCAGAUAACCAAACCCGGACAGAGAGGGGGGAGAGGACAGAAGGGCGCCCCCAUGUGGUUUACAAACGCUCAUCACUGCGCUAUCAGUACAAGGGCCGCUCCUGCGGGGUCAUUGACGAGAAGCCAAUGAAAGGCGCGUCGUGGUGGCAGCGGACCCUGAAGACGCCGCCUCACCAUGUCGGCCGCGGCCAGCUGCCCCUGAAGCGCUCGGUCAGUCAGGAGCGCUACGUGGAGACGCUGGUGGUGGCCGACAAGAUGAUGGUGGGAUACCACGGCCGCCGGGACAUCGAGCAGUACAUCCUGGCUGUCAUGAAUAUUGUUGCCAAACUGUUCCAUGAUUCUAGCCUGGGGAAUGCAGUCAACAUCGUGGUGACACGGCUCAUCCUGCUCAUGGAAGACCAGCCAACACUGGAGAUCAACCAUCACGCUGGCAAGUCUUUGGACAGUUUCUGUAAGUGGCAGAAAACCAUCCAGCACCGCAGCAGCAGCUACGGGAACGCCAUCCCGGACAACGGCAUCGCUCAUCACGACACCGCCGUGCUCAUCACCAGGUACGACAUCUGCAUCCAGAAAAACAAGCCCUGUGAAACUCUAGGUCUGGCUCCGGUAGGAGGGAUGUGUGAGCCAGAGAGGAGCUGCAGCAUCAACGAGGACAUCGGUCUGGGAACGGCCUUCACCAUCGCCCAUGAGAUCGGUCACACAUUUGGGAUGAACCAUGAUGGGAUGGGGAACGCCUGCGGGCCACGCAGCCAGGAGACUGCCAAGCUGAUGGCUGACCACAUCACCAUGAAGACAAACCCGUUCAUCUGGUCGGCCUGCAGCCGGGAUUACAUCACCAGCUUCCUGGACUCAGGUUUGGGCUCCUGUCUGAACAACAUGCCUCCAAAGCAGGAGUUUGUUUAUCCCACCACCGCCCCGGGUCAGGCCUAUGACGCAGACGAGCAGUGCCGCUUCCAGUACGGCAUCCGAUCCCGGCAGUGUAAAUAUGCGGAAGUCUGCAGUGAACUUUGGUGCAUGAGUAAGAGCAACCGCUGCAUCACCAGCAGUAUACCUGCAGCAGAGGGAACCAUCUGUCAGACUAACACCAUAGAGAAAGGGUGGUGCUUCAAACGGGUGUGUGUUGCGUAUGGGACUCGUCCAGAGGGUGUGGAUGGAGGCUGGGGUCUGUGGUCCGCCUGGGGGGAGUGCAGCAGGACCUGUGGAGGUGGAGUCUCCUCCUCCGUCAGACACUGCGACAGCCCCAGGCCAACCAUUGGAGGAAAAUACUGCCUGGGAGAAAGAAAACGCUUCAGGUCUUGCAAUAUUGAUGAGUGUCCUGCAGGCUCCAGGGACUUCAGAGAGAUCCAGUGCUCCGACUUUGACAGCACUCCUUUCAGGGGAAAAUUUUACACCUGGAAACCAUACAGAGGAGGUGGGGUGAAGCCCUGCUCUCUCAACUGCCUCGCUGAAGGAUACAACUUCUACACGGAGCGAGCUCCCGCCGUGGUGGACGGCACGCCGUGUCGAGACGACUCUCUGGAUGUUUGUGUAAACGGAGAGUGUAAGCACGUGGGCUGCGAUCGUGUGCUCGGGUCAGACGUGCGUGAAGAUCGCUGUCGGAUCUGCGGCGGCGAUGGGAGCAGCUGCAUCUCCGUGGAGGGAGUCUUCAACGACUCGCUGCCUGAAGGAGAUUAUGAAGAAGUGGUGAGAAUUCCUAAAGGAUCAGUGUUCAUCCACAUUCAAGAGCUAAACAUUUCCCUCAACUACCUUGUCCUGAAGAGCAAAAAUGACCAUUAUUUUAUCAAUGGGAAGCUUAACAUUGACUCGCCUCGGAGGUUCAGCGUUGCCGGGACGAUUUUCCACUACAGGCGGCCCACCGACGGUCCAGAAAUGCUAGAAGCUCUGGGCCCAACAAACAUCACCCUCAUUGUCAUGGUGCUGGUGAGGGAGGACAACCAGGGGAUCCACUAUCGCUUCAACCCGCCUGUCAGCAGGGAUCCCAUGAGCGGCUUCGCCUGGCAGUACACGUCCUGGUCCCGCUGCUCAGCUUUGUGUGCAGGAGGUGUACAGAUCCAGCAGGUUGUGUGUAAGAGGCAGUCGGAUCUUUCUGUCGUCUACAAUCACUUCUGUGACAAGAAGAGCAAACCUAAAGAGAAGAGAAGAUCCUGCAACACUGAGCCAUGCUCCCCAAACUGGUGGACAGGAGAGUGGUCGGACUGCAGCCGCAGCUGCAACGGCGGCCUGCGCACUCGGGAGGUGUUAUGUAAAAGGAGGAUCUCUGCGGUGGAGGAGAAGGUCCUGGACGACUCGGCCUGCAGCUCCACCCGCCCCUCGUUCACAGAGCCCUGCAGCAACCACAGCUGCCCUCCAGAGUGGCUGGCCUUGGACUGGUCCGAGUGCACACCCAGUUGUGGUCCUGGCUACCGACACCGCGUGGUGUUGUGUAAGAGCGGGGAGAGCGGCGACACAUUGCCAGACUCAAAGUGUCCCAAAAAUGGCCGCCCGACCUCCAGGGUGCGCUGUAACCUGCAGCGAUGCCCUCCUCCUGUCUGGGUGACAGGGCCGUGGGGCGAGUGCUCUGCCAGAUGUGGUCUGGGUCAGGAGAUGCGCUCGGUUCAGUGCCUGGCCCACACUGGCCAGCCAUCCAACGAGUGUCUGGAGCAUCAGCGGCCCGCCGCCAUGCAGCAGUGCAAGAGCAAAUGUGACGCCAGUCUGCCCGUCAACUCAGAGAACCCAGAAGAGUGUAAAGAUGUGAGCACUGUGGCGUACUGCCCCCUGGUGCUUAGGUUCAAGUUCUGCAACCGGCCAUAUUUCAGACAGAUGUGCUGUAAGACCUGCCAGGGACACUGACGCUGCUGCGCUCGCGGGGUCAAACAGUAAGACUGAACCUUUUCCACUGAGCCUCGCUGCAGCAGCCUUCACCGUUUCUCCGUCGGUUCAAGCUUGGGGUCCACUGUCCAUGCUGACAAACAAAUCCUGAAAUUAGUCAGAUGGGUGCUUUGUUUUCCUCUCCUCACUAAUAAUCGAGAUUUGAAAUCUCUGGACCAAACAUCGUUUCACUGGAGGAGAGGGUCCAGCGCUGAAACCUGGAGAGGAGGGAUGGAGGGAGGCAGCAGCUGACCCUCUCUUUGUCUCUCUAAACUUUGACUUUGUCUUAAUAUUUUGGUGCUAUACGUUUUAUUUUGGUCUCAGUACUGGUCUCAGUAAUCUUAAACUCCACUUCUUAUUACUUGAGUGGCCUAAAUGUUUAGCCUGUUUUACGUUUUUAAAACAUCCACUUUAAAGGAAAUUAUUUUCACGGUAUCUGUGCCCACAACACUGCAAAAACACAAAAUCUUACCAAUUAAUUUUGGUCUAGUUUCUAGUGCAAAUAUCUUAGUACACUUGAAACUGACCUACAAGUAACUUUUCAACAAGAUAUAUAAGCUUGUUUCAAGCCAAUAAUUCAUUAAUAUUGAUUUUUUAAAAUAUUUGUUGCCACUGAUAAGAUAUUUUUUCAUGUAUAAGUGAAAUAAUAUGUUUAUGGAAUAGGUACAAUAUGUAGGAAUUAUUGACUUACAGCUUCUAUACUUCUAAGUUAGUUUUCUUAUUUUAGGUGCACUAAGAUAUUUGCACUAGAAACUAGACCAAAGUACUUAGAUUUUGUGUUUUUUCAGUGAAAAAGAUUGGCUCCUUUAAUUUUAAAACAUAUUUUUAUGUUAGCUUUUACUUGACUUACUGUUUUUAUGUCCUUGUUUUGUUGCAUAUCAGUAUAACCAUUGAGUCCUCGCAGAUAUUCGGUUGUAAGAGCAGAUUUGGAUUUGCACAAAGCGUCUGCAGUCAGAGGACUUUUGUGUUUUGUGUUUCUUGUCCCAUCAUUUGACUUGACGUCUUUAUGGGAGUUGUGGAAAACGCCGCGGUCUUGCCAUUUGGGUAGUUUCCCCGACAGUUUAUCACCUCUGCACAGUUAAAUCACAACACCCAGCAGAGCUUCACUGAAAAUUGUUUUCAUACAACAGGCUGUUAGAUUGUCAGACUUUGGCACGAAGUCUCAGACAUUAUCAGAUUUCACUCUGUGCUGCCUGGUUGUAAAGUUUUUGUUUUAUUUUAUUUUUCCCACAUGUGUAAAGGUGAAAAUACUGAGUGGAAACACAGCACAGUGAGCCAGAGCUCUGCCAACAGGAAGAGGCCAACAGAGGAGAGAGGCAGCCUCACAUUUCUGUCACGUUCUUUACAUCAGGAAAGCUAAUCUGAGCAUUUAAAUGCAUCAUUUAUCAGCCUUUUUUUAGGCAGUUUCCUUCACAAAACUGCAGAUACUCUGUCUAAAACGUUAAACCAACCCUGAUUUCAUUAUAAAUUGCUUGUGGAGCUCCUAUUUCUUUUUAAAGUGGGAACAUUUUAGACGAUUUUCUCAUCUUAAAACACAUUUUCUUUCCUGUGAAAGACAAAAAAAAUUAGAAAUGUCCAAACCCAAGAGCACAUUUCAUUUUUUGUGAUUCUGAAUAUUAUUUUCUACCUUUUUUUCUAUAUGCUCAGUGAAACAAAGGAGAAAAAAUUAUAUUUUUGUAGCCUUACAGAUAUAAAGUGUCCAGAGAUAAAAUUUCAGGUGAUUAAUUGUCCUUUAACCUUUGAGACAUUUUAUAGUCAUAUUGUUUAAAGAUCAGAAAAGUUUAAAAUUUCUUCAGUGAAAAACAAAAAAACAUUAAUACAAUUUCAAAAGAUCACAAUAAAUCCUGCAAGAAAAAUGUAAACAAAUAAGUAUUUAUUCUGGUAUGAAUGCAGCUUUGUCAUAUUGCAACCUGUUUUUUUAUUUGAUAUGUCGAAAGGGAAGCAUGAUCAUUUUACACGUUAGUGCUUGUGUAAUUUUGGAGUCAUCAAAUGUUCACACCAGAGAUCAAAUCCCGGCUUUCAGACUGAAGUUAUAAGAUGUAAGCUGCAAAUAUCUUAAACCAUCCUUUAUUCCUUUUUGAGGAAAAAGACUUCUGAUAUUUUCAAGUUUUUUCUUGAAAAUGUGCAACUUUCCAAAAAAUUUUUUUUACUUUUUAAACCCAGAAUUUUUUUUGUUUUUGGUUUUUUUUUUCUAGAAAUUUUCAUAGAUUUUGUUUUUUUGGUGCAAACUUACACUUACUGAUUUUUCUUUUUUAUAUACAUCGACCCUAAUACUCUGUUGUAGUUAUGUGAUUAUUUUCAUAUACUAACAUAAUUGUUGACAUACACCUACGAAACAUUUAUUUGGAUUUUGACAGAUUGACAGAAUGAGAUUCUGAGGGGAAAAAAAACUCUGAAUUUUGAAUUCAAAAAAUUGUUGACGGCUAUUAUCCUCUUCUGUGUAAAUAACAGAAAUCUGAUGCUCAGUAAUGAGGUGAACGACUAUCAAAUAUUUGAAAAAAAAGGCAAUAAAAAGUAAAGUAAUGGGUCUACAGAAUCUCUUCACAAAAUCUUUUCAGAGAUUAAGAAAUCACAGCAUUUCGUCAGAAACACUGACACCGUUUUUAUUUUUUUUUGGGGGGUGGGAAAUUGAAAUUUUUAACGUGACCCUGAAGUGUCCCACUUUUGGUACGACUUCCUCUGAUGCAGAGCGGAUUCAGAGACGCAGAAACCGCGUUUCUCCAACUCGUAGAGAGAAAUGGAAGAAAUGCCGCCUCAGGGUGUUUUCGGAGCUCAGCCAUGGCGCCUCGUGGCCUCGCUGUGACUCUCACUCUGCUCUCCGACCUGCCGGGGCUCAGUCAACGCUUAGAGCAGCUACUUGUUGCAACACUCAAACGUUUCUCUGUGAAGAAAGGAAGUGACUGUCUGUCUUAGUGAGGGUUGGCUGCACUUGUUCCCAUUAUUUCUGGUGGUGCUUCGGUUUUGAAUGGUGCUAUUUGUUGACUGUUGUUUGUUCGUCAUGUAUCAUGUAAGCAGUUGUUAAAAUCUUUUAUUUAAAAAUCAACUUGAGCCUUUCUUUUUCUUUUUCUUUUUUUUUUAAUAUUACCAAUCUGCAAAGUAGAACGUAUAGUGAUGAAGUGUAUAAGUGCAGCUGUUUAUAAAGGUUCAUCCACUAGA